AUGGAUGAUCUCAUCGAAGAUGGAAAAAACAGCAGGUGGAUAGUGUGCAAGUUUUGCCAAUCAAAAGUGCUGAGACCAAGCACUGCAAGAUAUGAAGAAAGGGAGGUGAGGUUAACGCUUCCGUUGUUUGUUUCGCCACCAUGAAACUUGUAUCCCCAAUGUUCGAAUGAGGGUAGAUCAGCAGCUUUAUUGGAUAUACAAGGCCUUUCCUGCCCCAAUGCUUAGUGGGGCCAAGGGCACCAAAUGACGGCUUUUCAUGUUUAGGAUUCAUAGACAUGCAUAGUUGUCUAGAGUGGUAAAAGCUCUACAGUGAAUAUUCUUAUUAAGUGGUACUAUUAGCUUGUUUAUCUGAGACGUUACUUUCAUGUAAUGGUUCACGAAAACGAGAAAUUUCUGAGACCUCUAUAUCUGUAACUAUUUUCGAAAACGAAAAUUUAAGGGGCCCUUUCUGAAGAAAGGAGCCAAAUAUAGGAGGUGAAAAUAAAUGUAAAUAAAAAUCAACUCUCGAAAAUCUUAAGGAAGUAAAUAUAAAAGCUUCAAAAAAAAAAAAAAUGGUAGAGUCAUCUGGAUAUAAAAAGCCUUUCUCAAGCUCAGAGAAUUUAUAGUCUUAGUAUUUGCUUCCUAAAACAGAUAUUUCGCAUAUAACUGGCAGUCAUCCAAUGCCCUUGGGUGUACAUGUAGGUAAAUAUUGACUUUCUGAAUGAUUCACACCCUCUCAGCUUUGUUACUCCCUUCUUUCUCAGAACAAAUUGGAUCAGAAGCUGUGCAUGUCACCUCACCUCUCAAUCAGUUCAUUAUGUCAUUUAUUAUGAAUGCGAAUAACUCCACGACAUGGUCAUAUGGUUAUCAUUCACUCCAUAUUUUCUUAAAAUCCAAAAAAACCACUUUUAACUUCAUGUCUUGAUUUCUGACAGUAUAUUCAUGCAUCUUUACAACUGACAAAAAAGACAGACUUUAUGUUAUGUGCUUUCUCUUAUACAUUUUCCUGUCUAAUUAUCAACAGCUCUUCCUGCCUUUUAUGCAGAAAAAGGAAGAUUUUACCACAGAAAAUCAAGAAGGUGAAACCCUGAAAAGUCACUGGCUUGUCCCUGAUAUGUUUGCUUUUGAAAAUGUCGGCUUUUCAAUGACUGUACAAUCCAUCAAAUAUCUAGCUUGUGCUGACUGUGAGCGUGGACCAAUAGGAUGGCAUGAUAUCACAGACAAGACAAGGUUUUACAUUGCGCUUGAACGAGUUGAACAUAAACAAUUACCUCAAUAA